AUGGUCGACUCCAUGCCGAAUGCAGAGUCACCUUUGACAGUUGGUGCCUUGAAGAACAAAGGCACCACAUUUUCAUGGUUGUCAAAUGGUGGUAUUGUGAAACUGAACUUGAUGCUUGUUCUGUUCCAAAUAUCAAGUUAUGCUACGGGUUACGAUGGUUCUAUGAUGAACGGGCUACAGUCUCUCACCACCUGGCAAAAUUCUUUCAACAACCCUGGAGCAUCUGAGCUUGGCCUUUUGAACGCCAUACAGAAUGUCGGUCAGCUCAUCACGAUGCCUAUCUGUGCCUACAGCUGUGAUAAAUUCGGCCGUCGUCCGGUGCUUUUUCUCGGAGCCUUUAUACUGACAAUUGGCGUCGCUCUUCAAGGUGCAGCACAGAAUGUCGGCAUGUUUAUUGCUGCGCGUGGCAUCAUCGGUAUGGGUCUCGUAUUAAACAUUACGGCAGCGCCACUUUUGCUUUUGGAGCUUGCAUACCCUGGGCAGCAGGGACCCCAGGUCGCUAUCUAUAAUAGUCUUUGGAACUUAGGUGCGUUGGUAGCUGCUUGGGUUACCUACGGCACGUUCCGUAUUGACAGCACCUGGGCAUGGCGCAUUCCAUCAGUUCUACAAGGUCUCUCUAGCGUCAUCCAGAUCGGACUUUGCUUCUUGGUUGAAGAGUCACCACGAUGGCUAAUUAGUAAAGAGCGUGAUGAGGAAGCCAGACAACUUAUUUGCAAGUAUCACGCCAACGGCGACGACUCUGAUCCUCUUGUCUCUCUUGAGAUGGAAGAAAUUCGUACCGCUCUUCGUCUAGAAGCUGAGGCACGGCGUAAUACAUCAUAUUUGACAUUCUUCCAGACCAAGGCGAAUAUAAAACGAUUUUUCAUCAUUUUGUCCGUGGGUUUCUUUUCACAAUGGAGCGGAAAUGGCCUCAUUUCCUAUUACCUGACCUUGAUCCUUGAUUCAAUCGGCUACACGGCUGAAAGCACCCAAACACUUAUCAACGCGCUGCUGACGUUAUGGACCUUACUCUGGAGUGUUCUCUUCGCCACUGUGAUGAACAAGUUUGGUCGGCGCACUUUGUUCCUCAUUUCCACCGCAGGGUCACUGGCUGUUUAUAUCGUCUGGACUGGUCUUGAAGCUACGUACGAGAAAAAGACAGCACUCGAAGGAACAGGUGGCGAUGGAUAUGCUAAGGGUGUUUUGGCCAUGGUAUUUUUAUUCAACUUCUUCUUCUCUAUCGGUUGGACCCCUUUGCAAGUCACGUAUUGUAUCGAGAUCCUACCAUUCGAUUUACGUGCCCGCGGAUUGGUGUUGUACAAUCUAUUCGUCGCCCUUGCAGGUAUCUUCAACCAAUAUGUCAACCCAAUCGGCGUGACCAACAGCAAGUGGAAAUACUAUAUUACUUACGACGUGUGGCUACUAUUCGAACUUAUUGUGGUAUAUUUUCUCUUUGUGGAAACGGGAAAUCGCAGUCUGGAGGAAACUGCGGUCAUUAUGGAUGGAGAAGAGUAUGAGAACAAAUUGAUUGAAGGAGCGACAUCGGUUGCCGAGAAGGUGCUUUAUCAGGGAGCGAAAGAUGAUGUAGCGGUGGAAAGUAAAAGGCUGCCAGCUGAAUUAUAG